AUGGUUCGCGAAGCUGGAAAAGACAAAGAAUUGUCUCCAUCUAUCGAGGAGGAUCCCGUCAUGGGCGAAACCGAAAUAAUAUCGCAGAAGAUUUGCUUCAGUCGCUACAACUCUCCAUUUUGGCAGAUUGUGGUUGUCAGCUUUGUUGCAUUUGGAUGUCCUGGAAUGUACAAUGCGCUCUCAGGAAUUGGGGGAGGUGGCCAGUUAGAUACAACGACCCAAGCGAAAGGCCAUAUUGCCCUGGCAUCUGUUAGCGCAGCUGGAAACAUCUUCGUCGCGCCCAUCGUGAACAAUAUUCUAGGACCGAAAUGGACAAUCUUCAUUGGAGGCCUGCCUUACGUUCUUUAUGCGGGAUCUUUAUUGGCCUACACUCAUACCGGCAGCCAGGGUUUUGUGAUCGGUGCCAGUGGAAUUCUAGGGAUUGGGGCUUCACUGCUCUGGAUCGCCCAGGGAUCGAUUAUGACCGGCUACCCACUGCCACAGCAGCAGGGAAGAAUGAUUGGCAUUUUUUGGAUUAUUUUCAAUCUAGGUGGCUUUAUUGGUUCAAUGAUUUCGUUCGGCUUGAACUUCAACUCUAAGUCUGGAACGGUGUCCGAUUCCACAUACAUCGCAUUUAUGUGCAUCAUGGCUGCCGGUUGUUGCUGUGGUCUUGCUCUGCUUAAGCCAUACAAUGUGAUUAGAGAGGAUCACUCGCGCGCCGCUGUGGCCAAAAAGCCCAGCGUUAAGGGUGAAUUUGUUGGCUUAUUGAAAGUCUUGAAAGAUUGGAGAGUGAUAUCGCUUAUUCCCUUCUGGAUGGCAGCAAACUAUGCCUACAACUACCAGCAAAAUACCUUCAAUGCUAAACUCUUCAACAUCCGGACCCGCAGUUUCAACGGGGGCAUGUACUGGCUUGCACAGAUGGUCUCAAGUUACAUUUUCGGCCUGUUCUUGGACAACAAAUACAUGAACCGCCGUCAACGUGGUAUCUGGGGGUUCGUGAUCACCGCUGUUAUCUCUAUGGCUGUCUGGGCUGGAGGAUUAGGAGCGCAGCUCAAACGUGCUCCUAAUAGCGAUUAUUACGCCCUGAGGGAGAUGGAUCUACUUGACUCAGGAGCAAAAUACGCUGGCCCGUUCCUUUUAUACUUCUUCUACGGAAGUUUUGACGCCAUUUGGCAAACUUUAGUUUAUUGGACCAUUGGCUACCUGUCGCAUGAAUCACCUGAGCAGGCCGCACGGUACGUGGGGGCUUUCAAAUGUGCGGAAGCGGUGGGCAGUGCUAUCGCGUCCAAAGUGAACUCGACCAACACAAAUUACAACAUAGAGUUCGCCAUCGACUGGGCCUUUGUUGUCUUCGCACUUGUGUGGGUGAUUCCGUUCGCGUGGUCGAUUCAAGAUGUUCCGCCACACGCAGGGCAAGAAACCGCCUAUGUGAAGGAUGAUACUAGUGGAGAUCAGGCAAUCUGA